GUCAGUCCACCCCGCUUCCAGCUGCUGCAGUAGCUCCUUGCCGGUCUCGCAGUCUAACCGCCCCUGCUUCGGCCCAGCAUGGCGACCCCGACCCAGGUCCCCACAAUGGCUCCUCAGGAGCCUGACCCAUUUCACUAUGACUAUGACACUGUGCAGACUGUGGGCCUGACCCUGGCUACCAUCAUGUUCGUGCUGGGCAUUGUCAUCGUCCUCAGUAAGAAGGUGAAGUGCAGGAAGGCGGACUCCAGGUCUGAGAGCCCAACGUGCAAAUCCUGUAAGUCCGAGCUGCCUUCCUCAGCUCCUGGAGGUGGUGGUGUGUAGAACCAGCACGGGUUACCUCCACUGCUUUCCCUGCCUGAAUGCGGCAGCCUGAGGACUGGGUGGAGGCGGUGGGAGCCCCAGCCGUGUGCCUGGGAGGGACUCCACACCCAACAUGAGCCACCCCACCCAUCCAGAGGCUGGAGCCACUGCACCCCAUCAAUGCCCCUCCCUAGGCCAUGGCAAUGAUGACUCCUUUUCCCCCAAUGAACCUAUCUGCACCCGAGAUCCAGGGACUCAGGCCUGCAGCUCCUGGGCUCCAGGAGUCCAUCCCCAGCACCCCCAGAGUCUUCUGGGUACUGCUCUCUUGCACUUCUUUGCCUCCUCCAGGAGUGACCCUGCCCUGCACCCUCGGUGUCUGUCUUGAGCUGAAUAAAUGUGCAUUUGGUUUUUCCCUC